AUGAGCCGGCACCCGACGGGCUCCUCGCCCUUCCUCGAGACGCCCGUCCAGGCGGUCGGCCCUCUGCGGAAGAGGCGACACACGCUGCCCGCCAGCGAGUUCCGGAACCUGACGCCUCAGGACGCCGUCAGCGUCUUCGAGAUCGAGAGGGAAGCUUUCAUCUCGGUGUCCGGCGAGUGCCCUCUGACCCUGGAAGAGGUUCUGCACUUCACGGGUCGCUGCCCCGAGCUGUCGCUGGGCUGGUUCGAGGAGGGCCAGCUGGUCGCCUUCGUCAUCGGCUCAGGCUGGGACAGAGAGAGGCUCUCGCAGGAGGCCCUGACCCUGCACGUGGCCGACUCGCCCACGGUGCACAUCCACGUGCUGUCGGUGCACCGCCGCUGCCGUCAGCAGGGCAAGGGCUCCAUCCUGCUGUGGCGCUACCUGCAGUACCUGCGCCGCAUUCCGGGCCUCCGCCGGGCCCUUCUGGUCUGCGAGGACUUCCUGGUGCCGUUCUACCUCAGGGCCGGCUUCAAGGAGAAAGGCCCGUCGGCCGUCAGCGUGCCCAACUUGCGCUUCCGGGAGAUGGAGUACUUACUCGGCGGGCAGGCGUACGCCAGGCGGAACAGCGGCUGCUAGCGCCCGCCCGAUAUCGACGCCCGCUUGAAGGCGGAGCCAAUGCAGACUUUCUAAACACGCAGGUCACUUUAUUGGGUACACCUCAGCAUCCUGACUUGCUGUUUUCGUAUUUGGGGUGAUUUAUAAUCUGCUGUCUUCUUCUAUUUUUGUAAUGUACAUCGAUCCAUUUUCUUUGCCACUCAUCCUCACGAGGGUCGGGGGAGUGCCGGAGCCUAUCCCAGCUGUCAAAGGGGCAGGAGGCGGGGUACACCCUGAACUGGUCGCCAGCCAAUCGGAGGGCACAUAGAGACAAACAGCUGCACUCACAAUCACACCUAGGGGCAAUUUUAGAGUGUCCGAUUAAUGUUGUGCGUUUUUGGGAUGUGGGAGGAAACCGGGAGUGCCCGGAGAAAAGCCACGCCACAGGCGGGGCCGGGAUCGAACCCGGGUCCUCAGAACUGUGAGGCAAUCACUUUACCGUGCUGCCCUUUUUGUAAUGUGACACUAUUAAAAGUUUUAAUACACUAACUGGAGUGUUUUUCUUUUUUUUUUUUUUUGCUAUGUUCCGCAUAAAUCAGCAGACAACAGAAUCGCACAACAAUUUUCCGUGUCGGGUGUGAAACCCUUCCUGCGGACUCUGUGUAAAAUGUCCUUGUUUCGCUUGGUUCUGCGCAAAAGGCUAACACGCGUUAAAUCUUUCGCGAUGACCCGCUCUGCGUGAAAUUGCUCGGUUGCGGCCAUUUCCGUCCCUCAAAGGCUGCGCCAACGGCGGAUCUUCGAUCAGAACUGCGACAGCGUAUCGUAUUUCUCAGCGACAGCCCAGAAACCUGCGUGGUUUUCUCAGGUGUUCAAAUACUUAUUUGCAGCUAUAUCAAACAAAUAAAUCAUUAAAAAAAAAAAAAUCAUACAUUGUGAUUUCUGGAUUUUUCUUUUUAGAUCAUCUCUUUCGCAUUGGACAUGCACUUACGAUGAAAAUUUCACACACCUCCACGAUUUCUAAACUACAGAAGGGUGUUCAAAUACUUAUUUUCUUCACUGUGUUUGGGGGUUCGAGAAUUUGGGCGACUCCAGUGGUGGAGAAGCGUGGUGCAGGCACACGGAUCCAUCUCGAAGGAACGCCGCAAAUUUCUCCGUC